UGGAACAUGCCGUGUGAGAUGAGUUACUUUAUCUCUUGGAUUUUAAAACUGCUUCUUUUUGAUGUUAAAUUUAUUUAUGGUUUGAAUGUAUGUCGGGGAGAUCUAAUCACCAAUGUCAGUUUAUCCACUGAGCUUCAAUCUGAAGUCCUGCUUCCCUGUUCCUUUGAAUCAGACCUCUUGAAACCAAACCGAACGAAUGAAUCUUGUGUGGUGUGGACUCACCUCAAUACUCAAGACUUUGUGGAGAUCAGUCUGGAUGGUGAGGCAAAGUUCUGGAAUAACCGACGUGGACGGAUUGAGACAUUCCCAAAAUUACCAGAAUCUGAACUGUUAGACUUCUCCAUCCGUAUCCGUAAUGUGCAGCAGUCUGAUUUAGGUGUCUACCACUGCAAACUGUUCAGAGAGACCAACUGUUUCCUCGCCUAUAAGAUAAUUGAUCUACACAAAGGUUCAGAUUCAGCUGUUGUUUCAGUGGAUUCGCUGACUUGGCUGAUCCCAGCUGGAUCAGCAGGAGGAGCAGUAGUGCUACUUGUGCUUCUCAUCAUCGCAUGUAAAUUUUUCAAAUGUAAAGAAAAGAACAGUCGUGAACCUGUCUAUGAGAACACCUCCAAUCACAGAGCAAAGUUCACCAAUGAAGGGAGUCAAGAAAAGAAAAGCCGUGAACCUGCCUAUGAGAACACCUCCAAUCACAGAUCAAAGUUCACCAAUGAAGGGAGAAUAUCACACAGCAAUCCAAUCUAUAUGCCUAGUUAAAUUUCAUAACUGUAAUAAUUUGUAACAGCAAUAAAUAUGUAGUGUGCAUUGUAUCAGCAGCAUUAAGAAAGGUUGUUAUGGAUCAGACUCUUGAGCUGGGUUUUAAUUAACGACGCGUAUCGAAACUUUGAAUCAACUGAACCAAUUGCUUGGCAAUGAUUCACUGUUUCAAAGAGCUCGAAACGCCACACGCUGGUGACCUCUGCUGGUCAGAACGGUGUAAGUGCAGCGAAAAUGCAAACACCUUUACAAACCAAUUGUAAAUGUUUUAUUGAAACUGUAAUCUAUUAAAUGCAAUUAACAAAUAAAUCAGACUAGUAUGGAACUUUUAAUUACAACCCUUCCUUUUUAUUAUACAAAGGUGUCAUUAAAUGUCUACAAAUGUAUAAAAUUGGUCUAUAGACACUGAUUCUGGGACUCACAAAAAUAUAGCCCGUUUCCGAACAGUUAUGAAUGACGUAAAAAGAAUCCUCAUAUUGAAAUCAUGUGACUUUGGCAGAUUCAAACGCGCUCCGAAUCACUGGUUCGAUUCGAACAAAUGAUUCGAAUUCCCAUCUCUAGUUUUAAUCAAUGUGCCAAUAUCCAAAUAAACUAACUAAACUAAAACAAAACAAAACAAAACAAAAUAAAAAAUCAAAUCCAGACAUCAGAGUUCAGGCAUGAAGUUUAAUACUAAAUCAGUUUUGACUAAUCACGAUUUUAAAUACGUUUUUAUGUGUAAACAGAAAAUAAGAUGUUGAAUAAUUGUGAAUGCUAUUUAGGAGAUCUCUGGUGGAGGGGUGCUGGGGCAGAAACGUCUCUGCGAGGCCACUAGAGGGCAGUAAUGCUUUUCUUAAAAUAUCUCCACAUUCCAGCAGAGCUGACAGACACAAAUUGUUUCUUAUGUACCUCCACUGCCAAGUUACCCUAAUCAUCACCAUCAGAAAAGUCCUUUUAACUUAUAUUGAAUAUAA